AUGUCCCUCCUCAGACCUACCAUCCGCAAUUGCACGGGCAGGCACUUAUGCCUAGCAUCCCGGACGAAGAGAUAUUUCAGCCAAUCGAGCCUUGUGGCCAGCCCGGCAGCAGGUGCAGCAGAGGCCGAAGUCCAAGCUGCACGGAGAUACUGCGUCGAACUACUUGCAAAAUAUGACCGCCCCUCCUACACCCUCAGCACCUUCAUCCCUCCCAACGCGCAGACCUUCUACCUUGCCCUCCGAGCCCUGAACGUCUCCCUCUCCCUAAUUCCCGACACAGUCUCUUCCUACACAAUCGGCCUCAUGCGUCUCCAAUUUUGGCGAGACACAAUCACAAAAACCCUCUCCGGGACACCACCCAAAGAACCCGUCGCCAUCCUCCUCGCCUCCGCCCUCUCUGACCUCCAUGAGCGGACAAAAGGCCAAGCGCGGAUCAGUAAAGGCUGGUUACUGCGGAUGAUCAAUUCGCGGGAGCAGACGUUGACAAAUGAUCCAUAUCCGAAUAUCGCGGCUAUGGAGUCAUAUGCGGAGAAUACUUACUCGACGUUGCUUUAUCUUACGCUUUCGGCGCUGCCUAUGACAUCUGUUACUGCGGAUCAUGUUGCGUCACAUAUUGGUAAAGCAGCGGGUAUUGCGAAUAUCUUGCGAGGAUUACCGCUCGUUGCGUUCCCGCCGCCGCCGGCCCAGUCGCCUACCCAGGUUGGUGGUGGUAUUGGAGGCGGGGCCAAGCAAGGCGCCGUCCUCCUUCCUUUGGAUAUCAUGGCACAGACAGGAGUGAAGGAGGAGGAAGUAUUCAGACAAGGUGCAGAAGCGCCAGGACUGCGGGACGCUGUCUUUACAGUCGCUACGCGAGCCAACGACCACUUGAUCACCGUGGAACAAAUGCUCGGUAACCUCCGUGCCGGCCAGGAUGUAGGCCACGACUUUGAGCACGAGGGUGAGGAAGGGCAUGAGUAUGAUGUUUUCCAAAACCAGCGACAGGAAUCGCCGCUUGAUGAAGUGAACCGCGCAUUUGGUGUAUUCAUGCCUGCCAUAGGUACCCGGUUAUGGCUGGAUAGAUUACAGAAGUUUGAUUUUGAUAUUUUCAAGCCGGAGCUUCUGCGGUCUGAUUGGAAGCUACCGUGGAAGGCUUACUUGGCUUACACGCGGAAGACCUUAUAA